AUGAGGCGGUUAACCGUGUUUCUUUUUACUAUAGUUUUAAGUUUUACAGUAAUCUAUGGGGAGGUAGGUAAAAAAUUUUGAAAUAAAAAAAUUUAAAUUUUAAAAACUUCAAGUUAGAAAAUUGAAAAAAAGUCUUGUCGUUUUUAGCAAUGCAACCCCACAAAAGUUGACGACAAGACUUUUACAAUCUUAAUCUAAAUGUGACUUAUUUACAGGUAUCCUCGUACAAUGUAACUCAAGAAAUCGACAGCAUAUUAGAGAAGCAUAAUGGCGUACUAUUCAUCAAAACCCACUGUUCGUACUCAAAUGCAGCCAUUUAUGUUUUAAAGUUAUUUCCAAUCAAAAACCUUUACAUUGAACAUAUUAACAUGAGAAACGAUACUCAACAAAUUCAGGUAUUUUUUUUGCUUUUUACAAUUUUUUAUAAAAGUGUUUUUGAAAAUUCGUAUUUUACAAAAAAAAAAUUAGUCGUUGCACCUAGACUCAAGAGGUAAAAGGGCUAGGCACAAUUUUUCAGCCAGAGCCACACAUUUAGCAAAUCAAAUCUUUUGGUGCGGUAUUUGAGCCUUUUGAGUCUUGGUUUUUAAAUUUCAAAGUCGGACUUUGUGAGUCCUCUUUUAGGACUAAUUGCACCAAAAAAAAUUUAAAAAUUUACAUCUACUUUCUUCUUCCCCCCCCCCCCCCCCCUCCAUCAGCAAAUGGCUUUGAUUAAAAAAUCAUUAUAUUGACCAUGACCAGAGCAUAAUAUUGAAGCUAAUACCACUCUGAAACCUAACUGCUUACUUUAGUUCUACCCAAGCCUAGUUCUGCCUAUUUAGCCUUUCCGGUGUGGCACACUUAUUCCUCCCUUUUUUAUCCUACCCAAGCCUACUCUAAUGUAAAAUUUUACCAAAAUCUUUCUCUUCAGGAUGAACUUUACAAAAGAAGUGGAAUAACUACAGUACCUCAAUUUUUUAUCAAUCAAACCUUUUACGGUAACUACAAUAAGAUUGCAGAGGCUUACAGUAAAAACCAGCUUUAUCAGCUGCUGAAAGAUGCUGAUAUGAUCAAAACUGAUUAG